ACAUUAGGUAACAACAAAGCCAAAGAAUGUCUGUGAUUACUGGUACAGCCAACAUCCUUGCAGGUGCCAAGGCCAUUCGCACCAAGUUUGGUUCUCUGUCCGUUGUUUUCCAACGUCAUGUCUCCUCCAAGAGUUCGGUGAAGAGCGUGCCUGAAGAGGAAAUUAAGAAAUCGGUAUUCAUCUCGCAGUCGAACGACAUUUUUACAAACUUGGCCCUAGAAGACUGGAUUUACCGCAACUACGAUUUAACCAAGCACCAUGUUCUGCUGCUCUGGAAGAACAACCCGUGCGUUGUGAUCGGACGCCACCAGAAUCCUUGGGUCGAGUGCAACGUACCCGCAAUCGAGCGCAACGAAGUCGCUUUGGCAAGACGCAACAGCGGCGGUGGCACGGUCUAUCAUGACCAGGGCAACUUGAACCUGUCGUUCUUUACCCCAAGAGAACGUUACAAUCGAAGAUACAACUUAGAUAUAAUUACCAGGGCCUUGUUUCGGGAGUGCGGAUUGAACGCUGUUGUUAACGAAAAGGACGACAUCGUCGUGCAGAAUCAAUUCAAGGUGUCUGGUACGGCUGCAAAGUUAGGACGACCUAACGCUUAUCACCACUGUACUCUGUUAGUUAAUGCCAGUAAGCGUGCGCUCAGAUUGGCUCUUAAGAAAGUAGAGACUGGAAUAACCACAAAAGCCACCGAAUCCGUUCGAUCUCCGGUAAAGAAUCUAAUUGAAGUAAACCCUCAUAUCACGUCUGACCAGUUACUCAAUGCUGUGGGCUGGGAAUAUCUGCGCACAAAAUCCUUGACGUUGGAAGAUGGUAGAUACAAGCUGGUCGAGCAACAGAGAGGAUUUAAGAUGAUCAAUCCCACCGAAGAAUGGUUUCCAGGUAUCGACAAACUCAAGGAAGAGUUCCAAUCCUGGGAUUGGAUCUAUGGAAAAACGCCAGAUUUCACAGUCACCCGUCUGCUUGAAGCUCAAACUCGAGGAGGUCGCGAGCAUUUCAUGAAACUUAUAAUCGAAGUAGAAAAAAGCAUUGUAAAGGAUAUUAAAAUGACACUACCUUCAAACUUUGAUCGCGAUGCUAGUGUGAUCACCAACUUGCAGGGAACACGAUAUAAUCACGAGCUCACUGACAGAAUCGUCGAGGCUACAGGUUGCAAAGUCGUGGCGUCCGAUGUUACAGCUCAAAGUAGUGUUGCUGCUAUCUAACAAUGAUCUUUUCGAUGAUCCUACAAAAGAUGCCUGAAUCCAUUGUUACUGUUGUUGUUAACUACAUAUUAUUUUUGUACAACGUAUAAAUAUUUGUAAAUUGUGAAUAUUGUGAAUGACGAUUUUUAAAAA